ACUAGUGUGUGAUAUAAAAUCAUGAGUGAAACGUCGAAAAAAGUACCAGUGAACAGUCAGAAUAACGAGAAUUAUCACUUGGGGCAUCUUUUUAGAGACAGCAUGCUUAAAGAUCCGGAUGCUGUCUGUCAGGUAGACGCAGCAACAGGCGAAGAAGAAACCAGACGGUCGGUAUUCACUCGCGCCACGACCCUGGCCAGAUGUCUGCGGACCCUGGGCCUGAGGCCGGGGGACGUGCUCGCGCUGGGCGGGGACAACCACCUGGACCUCCAUAUACCGUUCUACGCUGCCCUCAUGAAUGGCUAUCCCAUCACUGGCGUUUAUACGUUAUACGAAUUUGAUGAAAUUAAACAGUUGUUUAAGCAACUCGAGCCAAAGAUUGUGUUUUGCCAGCAGUCUUCCUACCAGGACUACAGAAGAGCAGUGGAAGAGUUGGGCUUGGACACGAGGAUAGUUACGUUUGAUGGCAGCGGGAACACGAUGGCAGAAUUGAUACGACAGCAUCAUGCCAGCGACCAAUCUAUAGAUGAUUUUCAGGUAGCUGACUUCGUCACGGAUAAAGUGUUUGCAUUUGCAGUCGCCACUAGUGGGUCCACUGGAUACCCUAAAUUAGCAGCCAUUAAGCAUCAACCCCUCGUCAAACUGAUAAACAUGUUCACAGCGGAGUACACUUCAAAAACUUUAAAGCCUGCUCUGAAUUUGUCGGCCAUGCAAUGGGUGUCGGCCUACUACAAUGCGAUUUGCAUGCCCGCACAGAACAAGAUCAAGGUCCAGACUUCGGCGCCUGCGACUAUAGCACAUGUUAUUGACAUUAUUAAUAAAUAUAGGGUAAGUCAUGACUGUCAUGAGAAAGGAAGGUUAAAACUAGAGAGAGAUCCAAUAGAGACGACGAGCCCGCCUUCUAUGCUGCGCCGCAUCUUGCGGGACGAGAAACACUGUGACCUGACCUGCUUUGACACCAUCAUCCUCACUGGGUCUUGUAUUCAAAAAGACCUACUCCUCGAUCUAAAGGCAGCACUUCGUCCGGAUGCAGUAGUGGUUGAGGCAUACGGGCAGACAGAGUGCCUGGGCCCCGUGUUGAGGCUGGCACCUGAGGGUCCGCUCGGGAACUGCGGCGUCGAAACACCCCGCAUGAAACUCAAGCUAGUGGAUCCGGUUACGGGGGAUAAAAUAACGGAACCCAACGUUCCCGGAGAGCUCUGGACCAAGGGACCCAGGUUCACUGAGUAUUACAAUAACCCGGUAGAGACGGCAAAUGCCAUAACGCCGGACGGCUGGUACAAGACGGGCGACCUGCUGCGGAGAGACGAGAACGGGUUCUUCUUCUUCGUGGAGAGGCUGAAGAUGCUCAUCAAGUUCCGCUCUUACUAUGUCAUCCCCAUGGAAUUAGAAGAGGUGAUACUGAAACAUGACGGCGUCCUGGAGGCGUGUGUGACCAGCAUAGAACACCCCGAGGACAAGGAGUGGCCGGUAGCGGUGGUCGUGAGGAAACCCGGGGCCACAGUCACUGCUCAGGAGCUUCAGGAUUUGGUAGCAAGUAAACUGUCGGAGCACAAGCAGCUGCGCGGCGGCGUGGUGUUCGCGGACGAGCUGCCGAUGACCUCCAACGGGAAGGUCGCCAAGGCCAAAGUGAAACAGCUGGUCUGGGAGACCCAACAGUUAGGAGUUUAA